CAAGCUUACCCUUAGCAGCUGUCCAAGAUGUCAACACAGUGCAUAGCUUAAACAAGGACGUCACGUACCUUUAUCCUUAGCAGCCUUCAAAGCAGCCUCCUCUUGCUUCUUCCUCUCCUUGAAGGCCAGAUCAUCCUCAUCAAGCUCUUUCUUGUCCUUCUUUGGAGCCUGACAGGCUUUGCCUUGCCGCCUUGUCUGGUAGCCAUGAACGUUGGAUCGAAGAUUGAAUUUGACGAAAGGGUUGAGGCGGAUCUCGAUCUUCCCCACGUCAGUCACGUUUCGGUUUUCCCACAUCCAUCCCGCCACAAUGCUGUCUACCCUGCCGCUCCAUGUCGUCGACGUCGCUCGAAGUAACACCCGAAGACGAGGUGUCGACCACAUCUACCAAUUUGCGAGCCACUUCUGCCUCAAUACCAUAUAAACGUUCGAGCGAUGGUGUUUCCGGAUCGUCUAGAAAGCGCUCAAAGACUCACGACUCGUAUCUCAUGGAGGCUGUAAUUGCAGCAGAAGAAGUGAGGAAGAUAUUGCCUAAGGCUGCGAAAGCAAUGGAGGUUAUCAAAAAAGAGCUCUUGUUCCCGAAGUCAGACGGCACAAAGAUUUCUUACCCUCCUGGGCCCAAGAUACGCAUCCGCGUCGAUGUCCCAGCUCACGGGGGACAGCCAUCAACGCGCCUGGUCAUCCCAAUUCCACGCAUAUGGACGGUGGGCCAGCUUAUCAACGAGAUUGCACACCUGAGGCACAUGAUCGAAGAGACGUUCUCCCUUCAUCUCUCUGACGGGUCUCAGCUCUCUCCUGAAUAUCUCAUGGAGGACUUCAUCGACAUUGCGGGAGUCUUGCACGUGAAAAACAAACUUCAAGAGAAAUCGCUGGCAAAGAAUCAAAAUGUCUUGUUGUUAUGGCAGCGAGCAGUGGACCUGGCUCUCGAGCGGAAGAUGGACUGGAACGAGGCACAGCGUCGGUUCCUCGAUGCCCGUCUGAAUACACCGGAUAACAUUGGAGAAGAAAAGGAGAUGCUGUUUAGCAGUUACAACAUUCGGUAUGCUGAAUUCAGCGAUUUAUACAAAAAAGCCUUGGACGCUCUCUCAUCGCCUUCCGAGUUCGCGAAGCCGUCGGUGUGGCCAAAUGAACAACGCAGGAAAUCCCGUCUGCUGUGUCUUCGCCCGGCGGGCGCCAAGGGGCUUCCGUUGUGCACACUGCACGAUAUCUUCCGCCGGUUCGUGCUCGCGAUCAAAGAACCAUUCCCUGAACUGUCUGUUCCCGCUAUCUGUGCUGCCGCAUCGUUGUGCGACCAGAUGGGAGAGCCGUAUCAAAGUGAGAAGGACCGUUUAUCGGCAUUGGAUGAUUGUAUUUCCGAGCUAUUCGAAAAGGAAUAUCAACUGAAACCACGUUCGGAAGCACUUGGUGGGUUGGUGGAUCGUGUGAUGCUGUGGCAGGGAUGUCUACCAAUCUGCUUGCGCGAGGACAAGCUGGAAUCAGGUUCAGGGAAUUGCGAUGUGUAUAUGCAAAUAGCACGCGAUUAUGACCUCGCGAUCAAAAAGUUACGCGACAAGCCGGACGAGUCUGUGUUGAGAUUCCUGCAGCUGGGCGCACCAAUGUUCCUGGUGUGCAUGUUAGGACCUCUGCUUUUCGUACUGGGAGGCUUCUACGAUGGUCAGAGUGUAGUCGUAGAACCACUCAGUGAUCCGCUCUUCAUGUUAAAGGACACUACAAACUCACGACAGCGGAACCUUGCCAAUUUGCUUGACGCACUAUGCAAAAGCAUGUCCCAACUCAGAAAUUUGCUGAGGCAAAUGGUGUCACCUACCAUAUACCCUGCCUCAACUCCUCGGAUCUAUGGAUCGUGCGUGUUGUAUGCCACGUUAGAAGGCGUCACCGAGGGCAGCCUCACGUUCCAACGUCAGCUUUCCUUUGAACAUCACAAACACUCGUUCUUUGCUGCCACGUUGUCUUUACCGGAGCGUUCCAAGAUUCAGGUUCUCGUGAAAUUGGUGAACGAACCCUAUGGAGAAGAUGUCCACCGUCUGUUGGCGUCCCACGAUCUUGCACCUACCCUUUACGGCUGUGCACGUCGUGAAGGAGCGCCCACCGCGUAUGUUAUGGAGCAUCUUUCUCCUUCCUGGGUGACGCUGUUCAAAUUUUCCCACCACGAAAUCGCUGGCUCGCUUGGAGAAGCCGUCCGGCGCUCCUUGGACCAUUUACUCAAGCUUUUGGAGGACAACAGCGUUGUGCAUGGUGACCUAAGGUCAAACAAUAUCAUGUUACAAGUCGACGACCAAGGCAAGCCAGUUGUACUGUUGAAUGGUUCGGCGAAGAUCAACGUGAUCGAUUAUGAUUGGUCUGGGACCGCUGGGCGGGCGCGCUAUCCCGCGCUGCGCAACCCGACGAUCAAAGACAUCACCUGGCCUGGUGAGCCUGGUGGUAUUAUUGAGUCUGAGCAUGAUCGCAAGCUGGUUGACUCGUGGUGGCAUCGUUGGCUGAGACAUGGCUCGAAUUGAUCCUGGAACCCCCUCCCUCCCCCAAUGCAGUCGUCGGUGACUGCGUUCCUGUGCAGAACAUUUACAGCGUAGCAUUUCCUUUUAUCGAUCCUCGUAUGCGACUCUGCCAUCCGAUAUGUCAACAGAGUGAAGUGAUUAAGGGAUCGCUUCUUAUCUACCUCUGAUUCUGGCCUCUCUCUCGCGCUACGCAGAUGGCAGAAUAAGAAGCUGUGAAGCUUGACUGCAUUUUUGGUCAAAGCGCCGUUGUAAUCACGAAACCAAGAGAAGAGGAAGGCACUCGCAAGAAGCUCCGUUCUCAGC